AAUCACACAGCAGGCUAUCACACUGCUUAUUAUCAUAUAUUGUAAUAUUAAUUUUGUCGUUUGUCAAUCGUCGUUGUUGAUAGAUACUUGAUGGUUGAUAGUUGAUCGUGCGGUUUGUUAAUUUUUAUUUAUUGUGAUAUGUGAUGAAUAAACUGUGAUUUAAACUUGAUAAUUUUUUUGUUAAUUCCUUGGUCACUGUCAGCGAAACGAUGAGUCCCAGUAUAGUAUGGAAACAUUUUACGAAAAAUAAUAAUGGUACAGCGACUUGCCAAUUAUGUCAGAAAACGUUAAAAACGAGUGAAAGGCAUACAUCUCAGUACAUUGCUGAUACAUUAAAUGAGGUAUGUAUCCAAUGGAACAUUUCUUUGGAAACCAUAACUGCAAUUGUUACUGAUGGAGCUGCGAACAUAACAAAAGCUGUUGAUUUAUUGUUUGGAAAUCCCAAUAAGCCACGUCACAUACCAUGCUUCGCCCAUACAUUAAACUUGGUAGCUCAAAGUGCUAUCUCCAGAGUCGCUGAUUUAAGUUUACUUAUUAAAAACGUAAAAUCUAUUGUAACAUGGUUUAAACAUUCGGUAGUAGCUAGUGAUGAACUAAGAAAAGUUUCAAAUAGUAAACUCAUUCAAGAAGUUGCAACGAGGUGGAAUAGUACAUUUUAUAUGCUUGAACGAUUUAUUGCUCUACGUCCAUUCAUUAACGAUAUUGUAAAUCGUAAUAUCUCCGCUCCUCCAAUGGUUUGUGCUAAAGAUAUAGAAGAAAUUAUUGAAAUAAUUACUGUUUUAAGGCCAUUGGAAGCAGCAACAAAAGAAUUAUGUGGUGAACAAUAUGUUUCUAGUAGUAUGGUCAUACCAAUUGUGCACUUAUUAGAAACAAAAAUUGAUGAGGCAACAACAACUCAAAUUCUUAGCAAUCAACUAAAAAAUGCAUUAAAAUUAGAGUGUUCAAAGCGACUAGGACAAAUUGAAAACGUUACAUUUUUAGCAAUUGCUACAAUAUUAGAUCCUAGAUUCAAAAGGUUGUAUUUUAAAAAUUCAGUCUCAUUAUCUAAAAUGUUAACCAAAAUAGCUGAAGAAAUUAAGUCGUGUGAAGGAACAUCUGAAAGUUCAUCUGAUUCUUCUGAUUCAUCUCAAAAUAAAGAAUUUAAUUUAUGGAAUAAUCACGAAAAAAUUGUACAACAAAGUAGCCGUAGUCGUGGGCGAGCCACAAGAGAAGAAAUUGGUUAUCCAUCUGAACUAAAUUUAUAUUUGAAAAGUGCUGUAGGUCGGUUGACGGACAGUCCGUUAUUACUGUGGAAAGAUAUGUCCACAGUUUAUCCAAAUCUUGUCAAAGUAGCUUUAAAAUAUUUAAGCACAGUAGCUACUUCGGUACCCAGUGAAAGACUAUUCUCUAAAGCAGGCUUGACUAUGAACCAACAACGAAACCGUUUGACUAGCAAAAAAUUAAAUAUGCUAUUGUUUUUACAAUCUGUUGAUGAGAGUUUUUGGGAAUUGUAAUAAUUAAUUAAAUUUGUAUCUAUUAUUAUUAGUUUUAAUUGUAUUUUAAGAUUUAAAACGUAUGUAGGUUAGGUUAUAUUUGACAAGUAUUUUUUAUGUAUUUAAAAAAAAAUAAAGUUGAACAA